AUGAUCAAAGCCGAAAUCGCCAUCAACGCCCCGCCCAGGAUCGUUCGGGAGAUCCUCCUUGACUUCCCCAACCUCGCCACUUGGCACGACAAGUCCUUCUUCACCGACAUCAAGGUUAUUUCUCCCGCAGAUAAGACGACGGGCUUGGACCUCAAGGUCGGGGAUACGGUCCGUGUAGGCUUUGUAGGCGCCAGCUUCAAGGGCGUGAUCGCUGAAAACGACCCCCACCUCUUCAGCUGGAUCGCAUCCCUCCCUUUCAUCUUCACAGGCCAGCACUACUUCCACUUCACGCCCGAUGCGACCGACGCCAACAAAACACUCUUUGUUCAGACUGAGACAUUCACUGGUCUCCUCGACUUCACGUCCGCCUUCUUUGGCGCCAAGACGGUGGCGAAUUGGAAGCGGGUCAAUGAGGAGUUGAAGGUCGCUGCGGAGAGCAGUUGGGCAAAGCAGCAGGGGCAGGCUUAA